UCCCUUCCCCGCGAGCCGACUGCGCGAGGGGCGAGAGGAAAAGAAGGGGAAAAGAAAAGGAGAAAAUAAAAUCUUAGGGUUUUCUCCUCGAUCCUCUCCGCGAUUGCUCCGCCGAUUCGUCCAAUCCAAUGCCGCGCGCCCCAGGGGACUCUAAUCCCCCGGCCGCCGCCGCCGCUGCCGCCAAGAAUGUGAGCAGCAAUGCUGGCCACUCUGACCCAUCUUGCAGUGCACCUGUGCAUCAAUUGUUUCGCCCUGUUACUCGUUCUAUGACCCAUGUGUCUUGUGCUAUUGUGGCUUCAUCUGAUUUGAAGGAAGGAGGAUCUGCUAGCACAAGUACACGCAAAAGUACUUCAGAUGCUUCAUUUAGCAUUCAAUCAGCUGCCUCACGACCGAUUGUAACCCGUGUCCGGACCCCUCAUAAAGUGACAACAUCUGCUUGGAAGCCUCUUACUCAGCCUGCUGCUCUGAGUGAAGCGCAGAAAUGUGCAAGCCUUACUACAAUCAACCCUACUGCUAAGCGCUCCAGAGUUGCUUCCUCCCGAGCUGCCAAAGAUUCGACCAACCAUUCAGCUUCGAAAGCUAACGCGGAUGUUCCCAAUGGCAAAAAGAACAGAGAUGAAGAAAGCAUGAGCCAGGGUGAUCAGUUGGAUGGGGCAGUCAUCCCAUCUCCCCCGAAGAAGCUGCAAACAUGCAAAGCCCCUUCAGAUGCACUUUCAAAAAAGAAAUCAACUAUCAAAAUCCUAGGUGGUAAAGUAGCUGCUCCACUGCCCACAGGGAAGUCUCAAACUGAAACUGGGAAGAAUUCUGCUAGUGUUCCAGCAAAAGUUGUGGAUGCUAAUAUAAAUGAUAGCAGUCAGUCAGCUGUUGCAGCUGUUCCAUUGCUUGCAAAGCAGCUGCAACCUGACACCGCAAAGAACUCCAGUGUCAUCACACAAUCUAUUACCAAUGAAACAAGUCAAGUCAAUCGGUUGGCUGCUACGGUUGUUACAUUGCCCAGGCAGAAUCUUCAAACUGAUUAUCAUAAGAAGCCUCCCAUUGUACCCAUAAUGGAUCAUAAGAAGCCUCCCAUUGUACCCAUAAUGACUAACCAAGUCAGUGGGUUGGCAGGUGCAACUGCUCCCUUGGUUCCAGCUAAGCUACAAAUCGGGAAGGUGAAGGACACCUCCAAUGUUCUCUCAAAUCCUUCUUACGCGAGGGCACUGUUAAUCAAGCAGCAAGAGCAGCUGCUGCAGCAAUAUAAAUUGGGGAGUUCACAACAGCAGCAGGAGCAGCAGCUCCACAUCAAAGGGCCAGUUCUGUCAGGGAACGAUGAAGCGCCACCAGUUGAGCCGUUGGGAACGAGGUGCCAGCUCUGCAAGCUCGAUGUCGCUUUCCGACCACAAGGGGAUGCUGGUCGUGAUGCUUCUGCUCCUCCGGUCAUCGCCGUCCUGGCAUGCCACCAUGCAUUCCACAGCAGCUGCAUUGAAUCUGUUUACGGCUUUGCUGAGCCUUCCCAGUGUCUCGCCUGUCUUGACUCUGGGGCAGCGCACUGAUCACUAACCAGAAGCAUCAGUUUAGCUUGAUGAGCUAUGGUAUAGGAUAAAGGUUCCUUUUAGGAUGCAUAUAGAGAGGGUGAGGUCUCAUCUCUACUGGUAGAAAUUUUCUUUGGUAUAGGAGGCAGAAAUCAAAGUUGAACACCCCUUUUCUGUUGGCUUUAGGUGGUGGAAUUAGCUAUCAUUGAGUUCAAUAGGGAGCUGAAAUCUGCAGUCUAUUGACAGCGCCAUUUUGAGUGAACCUGAUAAUCUACUAUACGCUGGCUGCCUGGUGGCUGAUGGUAUGUUGUGAUCAUAAACUUGCGGCUUAUUGGUUGGUUGGAGCAGCAGGUGAUACGUCUGGCACUGUGGCUUGGGCUUCUGCUGUUAUAGAACCUGGCCUGUGUUGUAUGGUGUGUGAGGCCUUGUCCAUACCAUGAAUGAAACUGGCAUAGCCCACAGUUUGUUAUUGGGCUCAGCUUGGCGGUUGGUGGCCCGGCUGUUAAUGUCAAUGCAUCGUAAAAGAAAAGUGUUGUGCUCGAGGCUAAUGUACCUGUUAGUAUUCACAUGGUCUCUGCUUUUCGCAUUCAUUCGUUGCGUGCAAGUGACACUGCCAGUGCAGCAAAAUGGACGAAAUUGGUGGCAGCUGCUGCUGUUGGCCUCUAAUUUUUAGCUGUACAUUCUGGAUGGUGAAACUUUUGUAGUGUUCCUAUUUCCUUGACCAUAUUGCUUUGUUGUAUUAUGAAAUUUAGGUAAUUAUAUGGAUCCAAAUUAAUUGUGUUAAGAUUUUGUAUGGAAAUUAUUCAACCAGCUAGCUGCUAUAUACGAAACUAGAAAAGAUCUUUUGGAACGACUCUGCGGCCCUUCGCAACACGCAGAAAUUUCACAUGAAGCCGUAUAAUUCCCAUAGAGAUUGGGAAAAUGCUGGACGUUCCAAUCAGGGUCCGGACUACGCCAGUAAGCCAUACAAGUGGAGCUUAGUAGGACUGAAUCAUCCUGAUUUGGACAAAUUAGCAGUGAGCUGAUUCCAAAAAGAAAAGAAAACGGAGAGUAGUGAGCUGCUGGCCACAAAGGAUCCGAAGAACAUGACUACUGGCUGUUGGCGGGUGACACUGAUGCCCCCUCCUGUCAACCAGCCAAGUACAACGCUGUUUCUGCCAUCGUUACGUCCAUCAAAAGUAAAACCGGCGCCUACUACUACGACACGGCCGAGAAACGGGAGUAGCUUCCAAGGCGACAUCCCAGAGCCAAGAACCACAAGAUAACGCAACCAAGAAGGGCACCGCGAGAGAGAGAGAGAGAGAGAGAGAGAGAGAGAGAGAGGG